ACUUUGAGAACUAAAGAACAAGACGCAGAGAAUAGCGCGAACUGACCUGAAACGAAAAGAAUGUACGCCAGAUCAGAUAGUCUGGUCUUCUCAGUCCCGACAAACAACUUCUUCCAGCAGCAGCCGCACUUUGAUUUCAGACCGGUGAUGCCGCGCAACACGGAGCCGGAGAUCUUCACCUUCGAGCGCAUUCCGGAGCCGACGCUCCCUUACCGCGCGGCUCCGACGCGCCCGCGCAAGAGGAACACGAGGGUCAUGUACCCCUCAAAAGUGCGCAAAUAUCUCCCACCGGUCGAGAAAAGCCCCGCCAAACGGUGGCUGCUCAUCCUGUGCCUGGUGGUCUUCAUGCAGAUCUACACGGAGGAGGGAUCCGUUGAGUCCACGCAGAGUGAAGGUGCAGCCUUUACUGAAGCCACAACGUACAACGUCCUCUCCUUCCAGUCCGCCGAGGAGCAAGCCAGACAGAUGAUGGGGAAAGACUUCGCCCAGAUGUCAAGCCAGCAGCUCCAGGCCAGCAACGAGAAGGAGAACCAGUUUCUCAACACUACGUGCCCGAGAGCAAACUGGGAGGAAGACGUGAGAGCGCAUUACCAGCACGGUCGUCGCAAUGGAUACGUGGUGGCUCUUCUAUACCCAGUUUACCAUAGACUCGGUACAGAGAACUGAAAAUCACGUAAUGGACUAAACAAUUUCAAUGUUUGAAAGGUGGACAGCAGUGGGGUUUCCUGGGGGCGCUUGGAAAGCCCAAUUGUUCCAGCGGAGCUGAAAAAAAAACAUUUGAUGGACUUGAAGGGUGAAACACUGAGCCAAAUGUGAACGGCUCUUUUAGAUAUACUUGAAUAUCACUGACUGUCGUGCAAAACUUCACUUGAAGUUUGUGUUGCUGAACGCACAGAAAUACUUGAACCUCACAUUGAAGAUUUUAUUGUGUUAAAUGAAGAACUGUCGUUUGUUGUAGCUAUUUAUUUAACGUUAUCUAUUUAUUGUUAUUGACUUAUUUAUUUCAUAUUGUUUUUAAAUGUCAGUUGAUGUAUUUUAUUACUUGUUGCUUUUUAUGAACAAUAUUAUGAAUAUUAAUAUGAGCUAGAAAUUCAUCAGUUCACAGAAUCAAACUUUAUAAAGUAACCAACAAGCUGAAAACAA